GAGUGCGGGAAGUUAGUUUCGGAUUUAUUCGAGUAAAUUAGGGAAAGUUUACGUAGUGCGUAGUUGAAUUUAUUGAAAAUUACUAGCCGCGAUCACCUGUACGUAGAAAAUAAGAAAAAAAAUAGCAGUUGUGGGAUGAAAAACUUACACGAAAUACUUACCAUAGAGUUCGCCAGAGAAUCCGAGAAGGACCGUGCCGUGUGUUUUCUGCUGCAGAACCUUUUUGCACCUGAAUCUGCGCUACCAUUCGCACCGUCACUUGGUACAGCCUUGUACCAAAACGAUCAAGCGAAGAGCGGAAGGAAGGAACGAAGGUCAGGAAGAGGAAGGGGAAGUUGUGAAGGAAAGGAGUCAAUCGGGAAAGGAAGACCAAUUAAUUUUGAAGCUGUCGCGCUACGACUGCUGGACAAAAAUUUGGUUCUUUAAUUACCACUCGAACAAUCUUCAAAAUUAAUUGAGGGUUCGGUAAUCCCAGGGAUGCCACAUGAUUUUUUAAAAUGUCUGUGAAAAAGUCUGUGUAUGUCUGUGUCUUUGUCUAAAAUUCCAAUAAAUCAAUUUACAGUCAUAGAAAUCUAUCAAAAAUUGUGUUUUUAAGCAUUUAAAGACUAACGAAAUAAGUUUCAAUCGAUAUUUUAACAAAAAAAAACAAUUUAAUGAAGUUUUUAAAAAGUCUGUGCACCUCAAAAAAUGUCUGACACGAACUCAAAUGUCUGUGAAACACAGACAAAUCUGUGUACCUGGCAUCCCUGGGUAAUCCUCUCCACGAUGGCCGACGAAAAUCCGGACUUCACCGAGACUCCCUGCUCAACCUGCAACACGGUGUCGACCGAGGAUGAACUGAUGGUUGGCUGCGAUAGCUGCAAACUGUGGUUCCACGCUCGGUGCGUCAACCUCAAUCCGGCUGACAAGAAGUCGGGGAAGAAGUGGUAUUGUCCGGACAAGGACUGCCAAAAGAAAAAGAAGACUAAGAAGUCUGUGGAGGUACCGCUCCCAUUGCCGCCCGAGUUGCAAGAAAAGUUGAAAGCUUUGGAAGAAACUCGGAAGCGCAUGGAAGCGGAACAAGAGAUGGGGCGAAUCCUGAAGGAGAAGGAGCUCGAAAUGGCUGUCUACCUUCAGGAGCGCCAGAUGAAGAUCGACGAGGAACUCCGAGAGAGGGAGUUCAAGCAGCGAGAGGCGAACCUAGAAGCGGAGAUGCAGAAGAAGGAGGAACACCUGAAGCGGAUCCAGAAGCUGGAGACCACAUUUCGGGACAAAUGCGCCUCCAUCGACAAGCUGUUGCAAAACAGCAGCACUCCGCUGCGAAACCCAGAAGUCAAACCAUUGACAACGGAAAACCUGGGAAAACACGACAAGGGCGGAAACUCUGGGGGCACACCGAGCAAACCGGCGUCCAAGAAGUCGUCUAGCCACUCCUCGUCGGGGUCCAGCCCUACCAGUUCCGGCAGUGGCAAAGGUGACGCGGCCGAUACGAAAGGUGAUGGAAACGACGAGAAGUCGGUCAAGCCGGGAAAAGCUGAGGAUUCUGGAGAGAAGCCAGACGGGCUGGGGCAGCACGGUUCGGGUCCAACGAAGGCCCAGCGAGCUGCAAGACAAGGGCUGACAAGGAAGCUGCCAGACUUCCACGGAAAGCCAGAAGAGUGGCCAUUGUUCUUCGCGGCCUACCAAGCAUCGAACGAAGCCUGCGGGUACACGGACGGAACGGAAGUGUUGCUGCAAAGCCACCUGCAACGAGUGCGCAAGCUGGAGCCGCCGAGAGCGGACAAGUUGGGAUCAUUCAUCCCGUUCGGCAAAGCAGUGGAACAAUUGUGCGAGCACAUCGAGGCCGCAGAACUAACGGCGCAUCUGGUCAAUCCGAUCUUGAUCCAGGAACUCGUCGACAAGCUUCCGGACAGGGAGAAGAGGAGUUGGGUGCACUACAAGCGCAAGAAGCGCGAAGUAAAUAUGCGCACGCUCACCAACUUUCUCUCAAAGAUCGUCGAAGAUGCGUGCGAGGCGACGGUCAACCUGGACUACAAGCCAGACGUCAGAGCGGCGUCGGGACCGAGCGGCCGAAGCCGAAACAAGGAAAAAGCCGCACUGUUCAACCACUGAGCGACGAGAGCAGAAGCCACAUAAGCUGUGCAGGGUGUGCCAGCGCAUGGAUCACCGACUGUGGACAUGCGAGGACUUCAAGAAGCUGCCAUACGAGGA